AUGGCUACCACCAGACCCAACUUUGACCCGGAGCUGGCGCCUUUCCACGAUGCAUACCCCCUCCCGGCCAUACUGGCGUUGGAACUACUUCCAGCCAUCAGACCUCAACUCGAUGCGGCAUAUACGGCCGAGUCUGCCCUUGGCGAUCACCCCUUCACCCACCAGGUCGAGUAUGCCGAGGACAGCGACGGCCACAAGGUGCCACUGGCUGUCUUCACUCCCAAGUCAGCGACAGACAAGGCUGGCAGCCGUCCGUGCAUCUACUUCAUUCACGCCGGGGGGCUAAUCCUGAGCAACCGCUACUGCGGCGUGGGCGAGGUCCUGGGUGUCGCCGAGGAGAUCAACGCCACAGUGGUGAGCAUCGAGUACCGUCUCGUUCCAGAACAUCCAGCGCCGGCAGCCCUGAAUGAUUCCUUCCAGGGUCUGAUCUGGGUUCAUGAGAACACUCCCAAGCUAGGGGUCGACCCCGCAAACAUCGUCGUCUGGGGCUCUAGCGCAGGAGGUGGCCUUGCCGCCGCCAUCACGCUUUUGACUCGCGACCGCAAGUCCCAGGUCAAGCCCAAGGGCCUGCUCCUCAACACCCCCAUGCUCGAGGACAAGAUCGAUGAAGCUGAGCAGAAGGUUUUCAGCGGCGACGCGGCCAAGAUCUGGUCCGCCGAGUCGAACGCCAUCGGGUGGAAGGCGUAUCUCGGCGACGAUGCGGCCAACAGGGUGAACCCUUACUAUGUGCCGGCCCGGGCGACUGACCUGUCGGGCUUGCCCCCUACGUUUCUGGAUGUUGGCACCGCAGAGCUGUUCAGGAAGCCUGUCGUCAGAUUUGCCGAGAAGAUUUGGGAGAGUGCCGGGGAUGUAGAGCUUCAUGUUUGGCCUGGGGCCUUCCAUUCCUCUGACUUUGUGGUGCCUGACGCUGCGGUCUCGAAGAAGUCUUCGGCCGCAAGGAAGGCCUUUAUCCAUAAGAUUCUGUCCUCUUAG